AUGGGUCUAACACCACUGUUGCAACAAUGGUGGCCAGAGCUCUACAAAACAACACUAAUCAAACCCUUUGUCUUCCCUCUCCUCCUGUCCUCCCUCCUCCUGUUUCUGCUUAAAUUCAAGAAAAGUGUUAGCAAAUUCAAAUUCCCUCCUUCACCACCUAGGCUACCGGUUAUCGGACACCUUCACUUACUAGGGAACCUCCCUCACCGGUCUCUCCAUGCUCUCUCCGAAAAAUAUGGCCCUAUGUUACUGCUAUACUUGGGUGGUGCUCCAACUCUGGUUGUCAACUCUGCAAAGAUAGCAAAAGAAAUCAUGAAGACUCAUGACAUUGCUUUUGCAAACAGAGUCCAAACAAGGGCUGCUAAUGCAUUAAUGUAUGGAUGCACUAGUCUAGGGUUUGCUCCGUACGGUGAGUAUUGGAGACAAAUGAAGAGAAUCUGUGUUUUGGAGCUUCUGAGCAUCAAAAGGGUACAAUCAUUCCAUUUUGUUAGAGAAGAAGAAGUUGCGACGAUGAUUGAGAAGAUACGCAGCAACACGGGCCUUGAUGGAGGAGCUAAUUCUGUCAACCUUGGAGAUAUGUUGGUUGAUACCAUGACUAGCAUAAUAUCCAGAUGUAUUCUUGGGAAGAAGUAUGAAGGAGAGGAUAAUAAGAAGAGAUUCGGACAGUUGGCGAGAAACGGAAUGGAGCUCUUGAUUGCGUUUUCCUUCCAAGAUUUCUUCCCAUCUUUUGGAUGGAUUGAUGCACUAACUGGUUUGGUUAAAAGACUCAAAGACACUUCACAAGGAUUAGAUGCUUUCCUUGAUGAUGUGAUUGAAAUAUAUCGAACUUCAAAAGGAAAUGAUGAUCAGCCUGGUAAUAAGUGUCUGAUUGAAAUUCUGCUCCAUCUUCAGGAGGAGGGCAAGCUAGAGAUUGAUAUCUCCCAAGACAAUCUUAAAGGAAUUUUACUGGACAUGUUUAUUGGAGGAACUGAUACUACUUCGACAGCCAUAGAAUGGGCAAUGACAGAACUAAUAAAAAAUCCCACUAAGUUGAAGAAAGCUCAAGAAGAGGUAAGAAGAGUGGUAGGAGAAAAAUCAAAAGUCAAUGAAGAUGAUAUUGAUCAAAUGGUCUACUUAAACUGGGUUGUCAAAGAGGCUCUAAGGUUACAUGCUCCAAUUCCCUUCCUGUUCCGUCAAGAAUCGAUUGGCAAUGAGAGUACUAAAUUGGGAGGCUAUGAUAUUCCUCCUAGAACUAGAGUGUUCAUCAAUGCAUGGGCAAUUCAUAGGGAUCCCAAAUUAUGGGACAAUCCAGAAGAUUUCGUUCCAGAGAGAUUUGCUAACAACCUUAUUGAUUUUAAGGGCCAAGACUUCAAUUUCAUCCCAUUUGGUGGCGGCCGAAGAGGCUGCCCUGGUUUCUCAUUUGGAGUCCUAAUAGUUGAAUAUGUGCUUGCAAACCUCUUGUAUUGGUUUGACUGGAAGUACCCAAGUGGUCCAGGUAGGGACGAGGACUUUGACAUGAGUGAGGUUACUUCCUUGGUUGUUCACAAGAAAAUUCCUCUUCAACUUGUUCCAGUUUUGCACUCUCCUUCAUUCAUCACCUAAGUGAUCAUCCAUAUAUAUAUGGUCACAUAAAAUCAAUGUUUGUGAUAGCUCCUAAUUUGUUUCCUCCUAGUAUGUUAAUUUGUUUUCUGCUCAACUAUAUAAAGCUUGAAAUAAAGGCUAUUGUUUUAUUAUUCAAGUCUCUUGAACCGCAUAGCUUGAUGUGGUGUCCAUUGACACCACUAAAUUCAGAAAUACCAUUGAAAAAAAUAUAUUGUUACUCAUAUUUUUAGGUAAAAUUGACACAAAUGAUUUACAAAAAUUGAACCC